CCCCCGGAUGCAAAGGUUGUUGACAGUGAGGUCAUCGUUUUGGAACGUUGACGGGCAGUGACGUAGGCGAUGGAACGCUGAGCGGUCUGAGGUCUCGGUGCUCUCGACGCCAAAACCGUUGGCUGUUUGAAAAGUGAACGUGAAGAAGCCCCUGUGUUUUAUCUCGACCUCUUCAUGGCGAGCCAAGCCUGGCUGGAGUCCUCUCUGCAGCGCUCUGCCAGUCUGGGCCUGGAGGUGCUGGAGCGGGCCUCCAGGCGGAGCGUGGACUGGACGAGCACUGGAGCAUCCCAGACCCCCACUACGACAGAGGAAGACACACAAAUCCCUGUCAAGAGAGCACACACAGAGCUCGAUGAUGUCUUUGCAGCCCUCGCAGGCCUCAUGGCACAGACGACACAUCAGUGCAAGAGGUUUUAUGAGUCCGGCCGUUGCACCGAGCCCACUGACACCGAGAGGACCCACGUGUGCCGGUUUCACUCACGGCCAGCUAUUGGCAUGACAACACCUCCACAGACAGCCAGGAAACAUGGUCGUGCGUCGGCGUCGGGUGAAGAUUUCUUAAUCGAGGUCUCACCGGGGACGUACGCCAUCACUGCCAGCAUCCCAGAGUUACAGCAGCAGACUCAGAUGGUCAGUGUCAAAGCUGGAGAGAGCAUCAACCUGACCUUUGACCUCUGACCCCUGACGCCUAACACUCAAUACCAAAACUGACCAAAGCUAAUCAUGUUUGUGUGUGUUUAUUGCCUCUUUUUACACAGAUUUAUCUCCUUUUUAAGAGUUUAUUUUAUUUUCCUAUCAAAAUGUUUUAAUCUGCUGCACAUUGAGAAGCCAUAUUUUAUUGUAUUUUACUUGAGUAUUUUAUUAUCAUGUUUCCUAGAACAUCAUGAAAUCUAAACCUGCACUUUUACCGCAUCGGUGUAUAAAAAA